AUGCCAGCAACAAGCGAUUUCGUCAAAAAGCUUUACAAAAUGUUAGAAGACCAUACCUUCUCUCAUGUUGUGUCAUGGGGCCCACAAGGCGACUGCUUCGUCGUAAAGGACAUGAACGAAUUUACAAAAUCCAUCCUCCCACGCAUGUUCAAGCAUUCAAAUUUUGCUUCCUUCGUAAGACAACUCAACAAAUAUGAUUUUCAUAAAGUUAAAACAUCCGACGAUGCUCAAUUCGGCGAGCACAGCUGGACAUUCCGACACCCCGAUUUCCAUGCCGACCGACGUGACGCCCUCGAAAACAUAAAGCGCAAAGUCCCCGCAGCGCGUAAAUCUCUCCCAUCCUCCUCUAACGGGGUCGUGAGGGCUGAAGAGCGGAUUAGGGUGUUGGAGCGUCAGUACGGGGACGUGCUUGUUGAGAUGGUCAAUUUUCAAAAGGGGAUGGCGCAGCAGGAUGGCUUGAUGCAGGGAUUGAUACAGUAUUUUUUAGGGGAGGGAGGUAAACCCAAAGACCCCUCAGACGCUACCUCCCAAACCGCCGCCGGGUCUUCUACUGCUGCUUCACAAUUCGUUCCCGCCCAAGAACUCGGCCUGCAAGAUCCAGAUAUGGUCGCGCGGCUGAGUCUAGUGCAGAUGAACGAGAUGUCGAGGCGGGCAGCGAGCGAUGCGGCGUUUAGGACCCCGACUUCGACUUCGGCUUCGGGUUCUGGUGCUUCGGGGUCGUCAGCGGGUGAGGAAAUGCAUAUGCAGAGGACGAGUGGGAUGCAUUCGCAUUUGCAUCGAGGGGGGCAACAUCAACAGCAGCAGCAACAGCAGUCCUCAUCACAAGCGUCGACACAAGACGGCAACGCUACGUUUCUCCUUCCCCCUGAUAUGAACUGGGACGCGCCGACGACGAUGCAUGAGGGACUGCAGGUUUUUACGGUUGGACAUCUGUUACCCCGGAGUAGCGUGGAGGAUCAGAAUGGGAAUUGGAUGUUCAAUGCUAAUCCUUCGACGGGCGCUGUGCCUCCACCUGCAGAAGUCGUACGUCCGACGCUGUCUAAUGGACGAUCUUCGACUGCGCCUACGACUAUCCGUGUUCGACGGUCUACGUUCGUGCCGGGAUGGGCUGUUCCGCCUAGGGUGUUACUUGUAGACGACGACGCGGUGAGCAGGAGAUUGAGCAGCAAGUUCUUGCAGGUGUUUGGAUGCAUGAUUGAUGUUGCUGUGGAUGGUGUUGGAGCUGUGAAUAAGAUGAACCUUGAAAAAUACGAUUUGGUGUUGAUGGAUAUCGUAAUGCCCAAAAUGGACGGAGUCAGCGCUACGAAUCUCAUACGCCAAUUCGACCAUAUGACCCCCAUUAUCAGUAUGACCUCUAAUUCGAAACCGAGCGAGAUUAUGACGUAUUAUUCAUCUGGGAUGAAUGAUAUUUUACCUAAGCCAUUUACGAAGGAGGGGUUGUUGGAUAUGUUGGAGGUGUGUUUUAUACCAAGAUGGAGGAUGUAUGAAUUGACACGGCUGCGCAGAAACACCUUAUGCACCUUAAAUCUUCAUCCGGCGUUGGGAAUGUCGGGGUACGACGACGAUGGACGGAUUAACCCCCUAGCAGGGAUGGGUCUAUCUGACGAGCGAUACGCAGCUAUUCUGAGAGAUAUCGUUACCCAGGAGAGUUUUUCGGGGGGUGCAUUAGGUCCUGGGAUGGGAGGAGAGAAGCGGGAAUUGGACGAUGGAGGCGAUGGGAGAGAGGGGAAAAGGGGACGGUUUGAGAUCAUCGAGUGA